UGAUGAUUAGCCAGAAGAUAAAGUGGAGAGAGCAUUCCAGGCAGCAACAGCAGGGGGUAUCAUAAAUGGAUGAAGUGUCCUGAGCUGCAGCAUCUGACCGCCUCAGAGCCACUGGAACCGGAGUACGACAUGCUGGGGAGCUGGAGGGAAGAUGAUGACAAGUGCACAUUCAUCAUCUUGGAUAAGCAGCGAUGGACAGAUCCCAGUAUAGAAGAGGAGCAGUGCACGGUGGGAGAUGUCAACAUGUUCCUGAUGGAUCAAACAGACCUCUCCUCGGCUGAGCUGGAGAUCAUAAUAGCAGGUGAUCCCCAGUGUGCUUAUCUUAAAAGUGAUUCAAAAUCAAAGGCUGAAUAUCUACAGUCAGCCUGUGUUGUGGUUUGUACACCUCAAUCAUUUCCUGUGUAUAUCUCUUUAUAUCUGGACACUAUAUUCCCCUUGUUUUCUACAGAGCCCAGUUACAGAGGCAAGGCCAUUGGGAAGGAGGUGACACACAUGAUGAUGCGCUACGGUGAGCAUCUGAUCCCAUCUUUCAGAAGGUUUCGAGCAGGAAGACAGAAGCUUAAAGUCACUGUGUAGAAGUUGAAAAGUUCCACAUA